UACUUCUGUGAUUUUUGAAUUUUUCAAUGGGAACGCGCUACGAGGUCGAAAUCACCAUAACCUCCGCCAAGGACCUCAAAAACGUCAACUGGCGCCACGGCAAGCUCAAGCCGUACGCCGUCGUAUGGGUCGACCCCAAGAGCAAGUGCUCCACACGCGUCGACGAUGAAGGCGACGCCUCCCCCUUCUGGGACGAAAAGCUGACCAUCCCCUUCAACUCCCCCGUCGACGAAUCCACUCUCUACAUCGACAUCGUCCACGCCAACGCCGCCGACGGCACCAAGCCCCUCAUCGGCUCCGCCAAGCUCCCCCUCCGCGACGUGGUCGACGACGUCGGAUUGGGGAUCCGAUCAGAGAUGAAGCUCGAGCUCAAACGCCCCUCCGGCCGGCCCCAGGGGAAGGUUGAGAUCAACGUCAUCGUACGCGAUCUCGGAUUCCACGCGCCGCCGGAACCAUAUUACGCGCCGCCGUACGGUGUGCCUCCUCCUGGAACCAGGGAUUAUCCGGCACCGCCGUAUGGGAGCGGCUACGUAGCGCAGCCGGCCUACGUGGCUCCGCCUUAUGGAUCUCAGCCGGCUUACGCGGCUCCGCCGUAUGCGAGCCCCUACGGAGCGCCGCCGGCUUACGCGGCUCCGCCGUCAGGGUACCUCGCAUACGGCGCGCCGCCGAGUUAUUCGCAACAAAGUUACGGGCAGGGUGGUUACUACGGGCAAGGGCAGCAGCAGGGAUACGUGGAGGGGGAGAAGAAGAAGAAUAAAUUCGGGGGAAUGGGUACGGGAUUGGCUGUGGGUGCGGUUGCAGGGGCGUUGGGUGGACUCGCACUCGCGGAGGGAUUCGAUGCUCUCGAGGACAAGAUCGCCGAUGACGUGGCGGACAAAGUAGAGGCUGAUUAUGGUGAUGAUGAUGGAGAUGAUUACUAGACUCCGGUUCGCCAUCUCAUUCGAACCGAACCGGAUCUGUUUUCAAUUUCAUAUUAUUUUUCUUUUUUAAUUUAAUUCGAGUUUCGUGAUGUGGCCUUUAUAUUACAUAAAUGCCCUUUUGCUAUUGUUAACGAACAUUGAGGCCCAAUGAAUUCAAACCCGACAACGUCUUUAUAUAUAAUUA